AUGAGUCUGGGGGGAAGUCCGACCAAGACGUCCAACGGCGUGGCCCGUUCUGACAGCAAGCUCAGCGCCAAGGCCCUGUACGAACAGCGGAAGAAAUACUCCAACUCCAACUGUAUCAUGCAGGAGACCUCCCAGUACCAUGUGGAGCAUCUCUCCACCUUCAUCAUGGACAAGAGCGAGUCCAUCCUCACGGUGGACGAUGCCAUAAAGAAGCUGGUUCUGUUGGACACGAAGGACAAGAUCUGGACUCAGGAGAUGCUUCUGCAGGUGACGGACCGAGCAGUGCGGCUCCUGGACUGCGACACCCAGGAGGAGCUGGAGAACUUCCCUCUGUCCACCAUCCACAUGGUCCAGCCGGUCCUGAACCAGAGCAGGUACAAGUCUGUGCUGCUGCUGAUGUGUCAGGACCGAGACCAGCACCACCCAGACGUGCACUUCUUCCACUGCGACCAGGUGGAGGCUGAGAUGGUCCACGCUGACAUAGACAGCGCAAUCGGAGACAACAAACACGGGCGGAAUCAGAGACUGCAGACUCUGAAAGUGAACCAGGAGAAGAUGAAGCGACAGACCAUCCUCCCACCGGCAGCAAAGAACCACACACCCAAAGGCGAAAGGCCACGCCCAAGGGACAGAAGACCCUCUGGAGUGAGUGAGCCUGAGACUCAGGAGAGCCUGGCUCAGCUCAUAGAGAGGGACGUGCAAAUCCUCAACUGUGCCCUGGACGACAUUGAGAUCUUUGUGUCGCGGCUGCAGAAGGCGGCGGAGGCCUUCUCUCAGCUCAACCAACGCAACAAGAGUAAGAAGAACAAGAAGAAAGCUCCAGCAGAGGGCAUGCUGACGCUCAGGGCCAAGCCUCCGUCUGAAGCAGAGUUCAUCGCCAGUUUACAGAAACUCAAACUGGCCCUAAACCUUCUGGCCAAACUAAAGAAACACAUCCAGAACCCCAACGCGUCGGAGCUGGUCCACUUCCUGUUCGGGCCUUUGGAGCUGGUCUUGCAGAGCUGUGGCAGUCCAGAGCUGGCCCGCUCCAUCAUCUCUCCUCAUCUGUCCAGAGACACCGUGGACUUCCUCAGAGGUCACAUGACGCCCAAAGAGUCGACCAUCUUCGAGCUGCUGGGCGAGGGCUGGACCAAACCACGAGCAGAGUGGCCCCCGGACAAGUGCGGGCCCCUGUACCUGCCUGUGUUCCUGAACGGCUGGGAGCCUCCAGCCGAUCACUUUAGAACUGCACCAUGGGAAACAGAGGGCCCCAAAGACCUGGGACCGGCUCCUGGCACCUAUCCUGGUCCGUCUGUUCCUUCGAGCGGAUCUCAUUCUCGUAAAUUUGCCAAAAUUCUUUAUCAUUUCGUGGCCAGAAACUCCAACGAGCUGUCGGUGCUGCAAGACGAGGUCCUGGAGGUGAUUGAAGCCAACAAUCAGUGGUGGAAGUUGAGGAACCGCAGUGGACAGGCAGGGUACGUCCCCUUUAACAUCCUGGACCUGGUGGAAGAACCAGAGGCACAGGGCUACAUGCCGCCGCUGAGUCCUCUGAGUCCCCCGAGUCCACUACAGUCUCCGAUGAACCAAGUGAAUGAGGAGUUGUUGUUGCAAAUCACAGCGAACAAACCGAAGCCGAUGAAGCCGAUAAUCCAUGUCCCGGCGAAGCCUCAGGUCCCUCUGACCUUUGACUCUGCUCCGGAUCAGGUCGUUCUGUGGCUCAACUCCAAGGACUUCUCCAAACAGACAGUUGAGUGCCUGGGGAUCUUGACUGGAGCUCAGCUGUUUUCUCUGAACAAAGAGGAGCUGAGAGCAGUGUGUGGACAAGAAGGAAACAGAGUCUACAGCCAGAUGACCGCCACCAAGGCCAAGCUGGAGCAGAGCAGCAGUGCGACCUCUGAGCUGCAGGAGAUCAUGAAGCGACAACAGGAGAAGAUCGACUCCAGCUCCACCUGA